AUGGCAAUAAAUACAACAAUUUUGAACUUGAUUUCACAGAGAUCGCUUUCUAUGUCUCCUCUUUUGUCAGGACAUAAGGUUUUCUCACUCAAAUCCUGCUCAUUUUCACGCCAAUUUUCUCCAAUUAUUUAUAGCUCUUUACCAUUCAAAAUUCAUUCAUCUAAAUUCUCUAACAGCCUAUCUGGAAGUGUUGCAUUGGCUAGCAAGACGAUUACCACAACAACUACGAUUGAAUUAGUUUUUCAAGAAGAAUCUGACAGCCCUGUAGAAAUUACUAACUGUCACUUUGUCAAUAUCAAAAGCAACCGUCCAGUAAUUUACAUUGAGUCAACUCGUCCUCUUUUCAUUUCGAAAUCUUCUUUUACGAAAUGUGAAGUCAGCCAGUACCCAAUUAUAUUCACACGUACCAAGAAGAAUGUUAUAUCAAGUUUGUGCUUCAUAGAAUGCGUAUCAACAGAGUGUGGUGUGAAGACUGACGGCGGAGAUAAUUCAAUUAUUUCGCUAUCUACAUUUGCAGGUUGCAAAUCCUCAGACAUUGUACUCCAGACUGAUAGAUGUGCUGUAGCUCAAGUAAACUCUUCUCGUUCCCAAUCAAUUGAUUCUAAGCCUAAAUGCUGCCUCUUAUGUGAACAUUUCAAGCUUAUCAAGCUCGAUAAUAAUAUCUACGAUAUGGACAACACUCCAUUUGCCAUUAUAAUUAAGGCUGCUUCGUAUCAUAUCAUAAAUGGACUUAAUUUGAUUAAAGAAAAGAAGACUGAAGUUAAAUCCGGCUUAAUUUGCGUUGAAAACUACGAUCUCUCUGUCUUUAACAGCGUAAUUAUCAACAAAGUCGAGCCAGAUGCAUCAAAAGCUCUACCAGCGGCCAAAAUUACAUUUAUUAACUGUAUAUUCUCAAGCGCACCAGAAAAUGCCGAAAGGAUACUAACAGCAAGCUGCACAGUCAGAGAUAACGUUACUUUGAUUCCAAUGACAGUUUUGAACACAUAUCUCUGCCCAGCAUCAAUGAUUCCGAUCCAGGUAAACAAUAUACCACGUUUCAUGGAUACAAAGCUCAGAGAAGACCAAGCUUUGAUUGUAAUUAUGGGAGUCGGAAUUGUUGCUGGAAUUUUCGUUUCAAUCAUAUUCUAUAUCAAACUUUCUCCAUACAUAGCUCCUCGAGAGUCUUCUCGUUCGAAGAAGAACUUCCAACGCGCUUAA